GUGACUCCUGACAGAUUCCUCGGCUGGCUUCAGAGUGAGGAGGCAGCAGCUAAUCCUCCUAACAAUGCUUUUCCUCUUCCAGCAUUUCUUCCUGCUGGCCACAGACUUAAUGCUUGCCAUGACCCUCUCCUGCCUUUUUUAUGCCUUCAUAUGCAUUUCCAUCGUGUUUCUGACCUGCUGCAUUAUCAUCUUCUCCUUUGGCACGGCAGAGAGGAGUGUUGACAUGAAAGGGAGAGCAAUCGUAAUUCUUGUGUCCAACAGUUCCAUUGGGAGAAUGUUUGCAAGGAACCUGGACAAAGCAGGUUUCGGGGUGUCUGCUGCACAAUGGUCUGCUCAGGAGGAGAGGACAGUGACAGAAGAGUGCUCAUCGAACAAGGAGGUAGCCCAGUUCCACCUGACUGAAGAUGAGUAUCAGAAGACAGUGAAAACCUUCAUAGAAAGCCACUUAUCCCUGAAAGGCAUGUACGGGAAGAUGAGGAAGCCAUCGAUCCUGAUAUGGGAUGAAGGAGCACCAGACACACGUGGGUUACUCGAGAGAAAAACCUCCUGUGAGGGGAAGAAGGCUUUCAAGGCUCCACACAGGAACUGCUUACUGAAGACAGCUCUCUACAUCUCUGUCCUCUGUCACCCACUGACCUGUCUCCUGAGUCUCCUGAAGAGAAGCCCACAGCUGCUUGUGCCUCUGCUGAAGUCCAAAAACUGAGAGGUGAGGCAGCAGCCUCACAGCUCAGUUACCUGCCAGAGGGGACACGUGGGGGCUGCUGCAUGGCUACUGCUGCUCUCCCAAAGUGACCUUCAAGCAAAGGAUGCUGCCUGCUUGUGUACACUGUAGUAUUCAUGGUCUGAAAUUAGAGACAUUAUGUGAGCAAAGCUCCUGAAGACCUCAGUGGAUGUUUUGCUGGCCUGAGGACUUGGGAAUGGCCUACAUUUGUUUAUAAAGCUUUCCAGUCCAUUGGGAUACAGGGAACUACUGUGUGCAAGCUUAAAAUUAUGGCUGUGAGGCAAUACCACCAUGAGAUAAAUUAUAACUGCACUUGAAAGUAUGUUUAACACAAAUUAGUUAUAUCAAACUAACACCAAAGUUAUAGACUGCUGAAGCUGACUAAGGGAUCUGAAUGCCCAGAUGCUUUUAAUUUGAGUGGGAAUGAGGGAUUUGAAUUCCUUAAACAGUGUUGAAUGUUUCAUCACUAACAUAUAACACAGAAAAAUUAAAGCAACUGGUUUUUCAAGCCUACAAACCUGGCCAAAAGAUCCUGGCAACAUCUUUAGACAUAUCUCCCCAAGCAUACAGCCAUUAAAAUCAGAGAUUCAGAAAAUCCUGAAAGUAUUCCAAGUCUUGAUGAAUGUUUUCAGAAAAAAAACCAGCAUUUCCAACAUGUUUUUCAAUAGAUCACUUUGAUCCAUUUAAUAAAAAUGUAAUUGGGCUAUGAAAGUCUGCUAAAAUAAAGAUGGAUUUAGCACCAAAUCCUAUGUCCUGAAACUCAGCACAAAAUAACUGAUCACUCAAGACCUGUUCUUUCACCUCAAUCUCAAUGCAAUACUUCUAUAUUUUGAACCUUCUUAAUAAAGCACAGAAUUGGACUUCAAAUAUAACAGAUUUUCCUGGGCAACACUGUAAAAUUAUUUCCCAAAAGAACUGAAAUAUUAGUGGUGAUGGAGAACCAGAGGGAAGCUGGUUACAUGAAAACAUCCUUCCAUCAUUUCAAAUUAUGUUAAUAACUAAUCUACAAGCCAAUAUUAUUCCUUUAUAGAUGUCUGCAUACCUGUCAAAAGACAUGAGGAGAGCAUCUCCUUGGGUUAAAUACUCUCCAGCAUUGUCACUCCCUUAGUAGCAGUCUCUCUCUAUUUUGGGGGACACUUGUCUCCUGACUUUCCUCUCCUGAGCAGGGGUCAGACACACAAACAGCUCCACUGAAGUCAGAGCACUUCACACUGAAUACUGGGAGGUGUUUCAGACACCUGAGGAGAGAGAUUUCCCUUCACGUGUUUACUGUAUUCAGGGAAGAACAGAGGGACAAGAAAGCAGGGAAGCAAAAUAAUGAUUAGUGUAAUGGGAUUUGCUAUUCUUGUUAAUAGUUUAAUCAAUAUAAACAUAUACAGAACCCUCUGACAUGCUUGCCAUGCUCAAGUGUCUCUAUAAUUAGCUCAAUACUCUUAAGCCAUGGUUAGUAUCACCUCCAUCUCUACUACUCACUUCUGCAACAAAAAGAAGUCAGGACUGGGAUUUCCUGUGUCUAAAACUCAGCCAUGCACAAGUGACCCUGCCAUGGUGUGUCCUGGCUGGUGCUGGAUACCCAGACACACAAUGUGGACAGGUGGGACUUGCUCAAUAUGAGCAGGAUAAUCUUAUGGUUCUCUUCUCCAAGGCUCUGCUUGCACCAGACUUGCAGGUGGAGCCACACUUGCUCCUCACCAGCACUGGAGACAGUCCAACACUUGCAAGGCUUUGCAGAUCACAUACACCUGGAUCCUGUGCUUGUCACACAGUUUUUCCUUGGAAGAAUAACUUAGCAGCAGCCCCUGACUUGAGAGCUCAUCAAUGAGGUACUGAAGAGAUGCAAAAGAAAGGAAAGCACAGAGAUACAGUAGGAUGAGGAGAACUGGUCCCAGGGUG